GAUAACUCAAGCCGAAGUUCUCAGCAUUCGAAAUGCAAGCGCAGAACUCCGUUGAAAUCUAGAAAAGAAGCCCAGCAGAAAACUUCGGAGAACUUGCGUCAUUUGUUCUAAAUUAAUGGAAAUGAAGAGUUUUACAGGAGUGGCUUUACGAACUGUUUUCUUAUGCUUUGUCUGAAAAAAACAUAAGGAUACGUCAUGCACGAUCUCAAUCAAGCAUCCUCUCCUACGUAUGAGAUUCUGGACAUGACCUAUGAAUCUCCAGAAAAUUCGAAUGUCUCCUUCCGGGAAAAUGAUUCGGUGGCCUGCACCAACGAGUACUGUGUCUCAGACGAUGAAUACAUGGCAAUGAUAGAAGAUUACAUCUAUCCAACGCCAGCUGAAUGGGUUCUCAUAGCAUUGCACGUAAUUGUGUUCAUUGUGGGACUAGUUGGUAACACCCUGGUAUGCGUAUCUGUUUACAAGAACCAUACCAUGAGGACAGUAACCAACUACUUUAUUGUAAAUUUAGCUUUAGCGGAUUUUAUGGUGAUACUAGUCUGCCUCCCACCGACUGUUCUUUGGGAUGUAACAGAAACCUGGUUCUUUGGCAGCGUUACUUGUAAACUUGUAUUAUAUUUGCAGAGUGUUUCAGUUAGUGUGUCUGUGCUGACUUUAACCUUCAUUUCCAUUGAUCGAUGGUACGCCAUUUGUCACCCCCUGAGCUUUAAAAGCACAGCAGCACGUGCCAAAACACACAUCUUCCUCAUCUGGUUAGUCUCAUUCCUGGUGGCGUCUCCAGAAGCCAUAGUUCUGGAUACAAAAAGACAUCCAAUACCUUUGGAGACAAUAUAUUUGACAGACUGCACAUACACAUGGAGUGAGAGCAGUACCAGAAUAUAUCAGCUCUUUCUGUUGCUGUUCUUGUAUGUUGCACCAUUCGUGCUGAUGAUUGUAGCCUACUAUCAGAUUGCCAAAGUGCUCUGGAACAAGAACAUACCGGGAUCAUCGGAAAUGAAUCAUCAUCCUACUCAUACAACUAUUUCCAAACACAAGGGUAAGAAUGGUACCACAGUACGAUUAAUUACAGUGAAUCCAAGUUGCGAGGGACAGAUCCAAUCUCGCCGAAAAGCUGCAAAGAUGCUAAUAGCAGUCGUUGUUAUAUUUGGAUUAUGUUAUCUUCCUGUGCAUUUGAUUAACGCUUUAAGGUAUACAGUUGGACUUCCACAAAAUCCAGUUACCACAGUAGCGUCUCUGUUAUCUCAUUGGCUGUGCUACGCAAAUAGCUCCAUCAACCCAAUAAUCUAUAACUUCAUGAAUGGAAAAUUCCGGAAAGAGUUUAAGAACUUUUUGUGCUGUUAUUGCUGCAGAAACUCUUACAGAGGAUGGAGAGGAGAACGCAUGACUGGAGCUAAAUACAGAUUUUCCACGUCUGUGACGCAAAUGGAAAAUAUAAAUCUGAAUGCCAUUGAUAAAUCAUGACGUUUACCUAAUUUUUUUCGAAAAUCGAAUUUAUCCACAUGCAGGAAUAGGCGUACUCCCUCACCGGCAGUGAUCAAACCUGCUGAAACGGUGAUUAAUAGGUUGCCCUGAUGAGCUGAUAUUUUUUGGCAUUUAUUUUCCUGUUCCUUAAACUUUUAAGAGCAAGUUUAAUAACAGAAAAAUAAAAGCAUUUAUCAAUUAGAGUUUGCGAGAAGUUUUAUUUUUACCCGGCACAACUAGU